AUGCUUGUCCAGUCCAUUCUGAGUGCCCUCGUGGCCGCCCCCCUGCUUGCUUCUGCCCUGCCACACCAAAGCAACAGGCGCAGUGAAGGCCUCUCUGUCGAGCUGUCUCAAGCAAGCGAGACUGAGGUUAAAGCAAUCGUCUCAAACACUGGCGCUGAGACUCUGCACUUGUUUACCAGCGGCACCAUUCUUGACAAUGCCCCUGUGCAGCAGCUGGACGUGACCCAGGAUGGUCAAUCUGCUGAAUAUCUCGGCCUGAUCAUCGAUUAUCUGGCCGAUGACCUCCAGGAAGAGUCUUUCAUCACUCUUGCUCCUGGGGAGACUGCAGAGGCUCUCGUGAACGUCCCUGCUCUGUACGAUAUCAAGGGUGGUGACUACUCUGUCUCUCUUAACGGUGAAAUUGCAUUCGCUGGUGUCGACUCUACCCAGCUUGAGGGUGUCUACGAAUUCCAGACCAACACUGUGGACUUCAACAUCGAGGAGACCGUGGCCGCCGCCGUCCCAAAGGCAGUUGACAUGGAGAUUCUGCCUCUUGAGAAGCGCGUCCGCAUCGUCUCGUGUUCUGGCUCCCAGCUCACAGCCCUGAGUAACGCAGUGUCCGCCACCAACCGUCUUUCCACUGCCGCAGCCAAUGCCGCCGCCAGCGGCUCGGCGACCAAGUUCAACGAGUACUUUCGCACCACGUCUGCCACCACCCGGAGCAACGUAGCCAGUCGAUUCAGAUCAUUCGCCUCUGAGGACUCGUCUACUACAUCUGGCUCCAGCUCCUACUCUUGCGUCGACUUCCUCGGCGUGUGCACUUCCAACACCAUUGCCUACGCCCAACCUGCGACCGGCCGCAUGGCCAGCUGCCCAAUCUUCUGGCAACUGCGGGCAGUCUCCACAGACUGUGGUCAGCAGAGCCAGGCUUCGACUGUGCUGCAUGAGUUCACUCAUAUCCUUGCUGGCACCAACGACCACGCCUAUGGAUAUGCUGCUUCGACUGCUUUGUCUGCGGCGCGGGCUUACACUAACGCUGACAACUACGCUCUGUACGCUGAUGCAAUUGCGAAUAGCUGUUAG